CGUUGGUAUUGGAACCUAUUCUAGCAGAAUAGUGAACUGUAUACUUGACUGGGUGGUUGUGGGAUUACUGGUACUGAGGUACCUAUGGGCUUUCUAUGGCGGAUGUAUCUCAAACUCUUUCCAAAACAUGAUAUAAAAGUCUGACAAGAGUAUUUUUAGAGGAACACUUCUUCUCGUCAUCAUGAGUCUCAGCCUGUUGACAUUUCUCUGUCUCGGUCUUUACCUCCCAGUGUGGAAUGCUCUCUCCCCAGCGCUGAGGGUCACCCAGCCGUACCGUGUGGUCGGUUUUCGUGGUGAGGUGGAGCUGUUCUGCUCCUACCACCACACAGGGAGACAUGAGCCGGAGGAGCUAAGGGUCACUCUGUACCGGGGGGUGUACGGGGAGGGGAAGCAGGAGGUGUGCACCUCCUCCUUCACCCACAACCAGACAUCCUUCCAGGUGGAGGGAGAGAGAGAGGUGGGUUGUCGGGGCCAGUUAGGGCCAGGCAGGGUGAACCUGACUAUCUCUGGUCUCCGGGGUAACGACACUGACCUGUACUACUGUGGCAUAGAGGUCUUGUACCCUGCGCCAUACCUCAGGGUGUUUGGAAAUGGUACUCUUCUCUACAUUCCAGAGGAACCAGGCUGCUCGUUGCCAGAGGCCCAGGGAACGAGUGACAUGGGAGAAACGUCAGUCCGACUAGCUCUGGUCGCAGCCAACAUACUGAUAGUCAUCUCUGUUGUCACCUUUCUCCUUUACCAGGUUCUACAGAGGAAAAGAAGGUUUGGAGGAAUAACACAGAUGAUUUCACAGAAUGACGGAAGAUUUGGUUACGGAAACUUCCAAUGAAGAAUUUUCAUCAAUUGUCUGCAUCACCUCCAAUCUCUCAUAUUUUUUUUUUGCAAAUAUAUACAUACAUACAAAUACAUACAUACAUACAACAUGAUCAUUACACAGGUGCACCUUGUGCUGGGAACAAUAAAAAGCCACUAAAAUGUGCAGUUUUGUCACACAACACAAUACCACAGAAGUCUCAAGUUUUGACGGAUGAGUGUAGGACUGUCCACCAGAGCUGUUGCCAGAGAAUGUAAUGUUAAUUUCUCUACCAUAAGCCGCCUCCAACAUCGUUCUAUAGAAUUUGGCAGGACGUCCAACCGGCCUCACAACCGCAGACCACAUGUAACACUGCCAGCCCAAGACUUCCUGUUUAGCGGGCCUGACUCCCCAGUGGGUAGGCCUAUG